AUGGCCCACCUCACCUCGUUGCCGUCGGAGCUCCUGUUCCAUAUCCUUAGCUUCUUGCCCAUCCGCUCCCUGCUUGCCUUUUCCUUAGCUAGCCGAUCCGCGUACAUUCUCGCUUCCUCAAGCCUGCAAACCCUCUCGCUGGGCGUCUAUCCCACCCGUGUCUCUUCCUUGAUCAGCCAGCUCUCGAGCACCAGUCCCACCGCAUCCCCGUACUCCCGUAGCACCAGAAGCCUCAGCAGCAGCGCCAGCUCUCUCCCCGCUUCGUCGUCGUGUAGCUCCAAGUCGCCCUCGUCCUCAGCAUCUGACCUCUUCAACGAGGCGUGCACCGUCGCACAUGUCAUUCCGCAGGCGUCGGAGCUGCGGCCUCAUACGCUGCUGGCCUUCCACUCCGCCCUCAUCUCGUCCAUCUUGACCCGCUACUGCUUGUCCAUGCGCCACUUGGAACUCAGCAUCUGGACACUCACCCCGCCUGUGGCCGACGCCCUGGCCGGGCUGAAGAACCUGCGCACCCUGUGUCUGCGUGUCGAGGAUCCCUUCGGCCGUGGCUUCCUGCGCCGCUGGAUCAUCAACUGGGGCUCUACUGUGGAUGUCGACGACGACGGCGACGACGACGACGACGACCGCGGCCCGUCGCGCCGGCCUCCGUCUCUGUACCGCGCCAUGCCCGAAGCCGGCACCGGCACCGAGUGGAACAAGUUUGCCGCCGCGUGGAGCCGGUUGGAGACGCUGCGGCUCAUCGGCGCCGAAGUGAGCGACUGGCAGCUGUGCCAGAUCCUGAAGAGGAACCCCGGCCUGAAGGAGCUGUGGCUGAAGAAGUGCCCGGACGUCGGCAUCGAGCUGCUGAAGUUUUUGGACGAGGAGUGGGAGGGGAGGGCCAGUCUGCAGACGCUGGGCCUGGUCGAUUGCGAUCUCGCGGGCGAGAUCAACGCGGAGACGGCGGCGCACAUUGGAGGUUUGCCGAGUUUACAGUUCUUGUCUUUACUUGGCUGCAAGGGCCUGACGAACAGCACGGUCGAGCGCUUGAACGACGAGUCGUGGCACAUCCCGCACGUCGAGCUGCCGGGAGCCAACAUCGCGGACCUUGGACCGAUGCCAGCUGUAAUUGAGGUUGACCCCGCUUACGUAGAUGACGAGGCAUGA